AUGAGGUCCGAGAGGCUCAAGGUCAAGGUCAAGGCACGCAGGCAGAGCCGGAGCCGCCGCUUCGGCGACCGCCGCGGCAAGACGGGCUUCGUCGACACGGGCAAGCAGGAGAUGCCGCCAGAGGUGCUGCGCAAGGUCAUCAAGGACCACGGCGACAUGAGCAAUCGCAAGUACCGCCAGGACAAGCGCGUCCACCUCGGCGCGCUCAAGUACGUGCCGCACGCCAUGAUGAAGGUGCUCGAGAACAUCCCGAUGCCGUGGGAGCAGGUGCGCGAGGUGCCCGUGCUCUACCACAUCGCCGGCGCCAUCACGUCCGUCAACGAGGUGCCCAAGGUCAUCGAGCCCGUCUUCCACGCCCAGUGGGCCACCAUGUGGCUGGCGAUGCGGCGCGAGAAGCGCGACCGGCGCCACUUUAAGCGGAUGCGCUUCCCGCCGUUGACGACGAGGAAUGGCGGCGCUCCAUCGCCUCGGCCGCACGCCGAGCCAUCCCCGGCGGCCCCAAGUUCGAGCCGCUGUACAAGGACACCGGCGGCUUCGACGACGACUUCCACCGACUUUCGCAAGGUCAUCAUCCGCCAGCAGAUCCGCACCGAGUACAAGGUGGCCUUCCCGCACCUCUACAACAGCCGGCCGCGCUCGGUGCACAUCGGCACCUACCACGAGCCCAAGAACGUCUACAUCCGCUCCGACGAGAUCGACCAGGCCUUCUACUUUGACCCGGUCAUCAACCCGAUCUCGGGCCGCUCGCUGGCCAGCUCCAACGCCUUCCGGAGCGACGGCCGCUGGAGAACGAAGCUGACGGCCGACGCCAUCGCGCUGUGGUGGGCGCCGUCGCCCUACGACCGGCGCAGCGGCCGCACGCGGCGCGCCGUCGACGUGCCGCUGGUGCAGACGUGGUACCUCGAGCACUGCCCGCCCAACCAGCCGGUCAAGAUCCGCGUCAGCUACCAGAAGCUGCUCAAGAACUACGUCUACAACUCGCUCCACACGCGCAAGCAGAAGCCGCAGAAGCGCAAGUACCUCCUCAAGCAGCUCAACGCCACCAAGUUCUUCCAGAACACGAGCAUCGACUGGCUCGAGGCGGGCCUGCAGGUGUCGCGGCAGUCGUUCAACAUGCUCGACCUGCUGAUCCACCGCAAGGGCUGCUCGGCGCUCCACCUUGACUUCAACUUCAACCUCAAGCCAACCAAGAUGCUGACGACCAAGGAGCGCAAGAAGAGCCGCUUCGGCAACGCCUCCCACCUGGUCCGCGAGAUGGCGCGCAUCGUCAAGCUCCUCGUCGACAGCCAGGUGACCUACCGCCUCGGCUCGAUCGACGCCUUCCAGCUGGCCGACGGCCUCCAGUACCUCUUCAACCACGUCGCCACCCUCAGCGGCAUGUACCGCUACAAGUACCGCGUGAUGCGCCAGAUCCGCGCGUGCAAGGACCUCAAGCACGUCAUCUACUUGCGCUUCGACACGGGGCUCGUCGGCAAGGGCAUCACGCCGCUCCUCGAGCGCUGGCUGCGCGACCGGCUGGCGAGGAAGUCUGAGGGGCGCAAGGACCGCGCCAAGGGCGUCUCGACCAUCACCAAGCAGCGCGUCGAGAGCUCCUUCGACCUCGAGCUGCGCGCCAGCGUGCUGCACGACAUCCUCAACGUCAUGCCCGCCAGCGUCGAGGUCAACGAGUCGCGCUCCAACACGCCGUGGAAGGUGCCGGGCAUGCCGACGGCCGUCGAGAACCUCAUCCUGCGCUACGUUAAGCUCAAGGCCGACUGGUGGACGUCGGUGACGCACUACAACCGCGAGCGCAUCCGCCGCGGCGCCACCGUCGACAAGACGGUCAGCAAGAAGAACCUCGGCCGCCUCACCUGCCUCUACCUCAAGGCCGAGCAGGAGCGCCAGAACUCGUACCUCAAGGAUGGGCCCUACAUCACGUCCGAGGCCGCCGUCGCCAUCUACACGUCGACCCACGACACCAAGAUCCUCGUCCUCGCCCUCGAGAAGCUCAAGGAGUCGUACAGCGUCAAGGGCCGCCUCAACCAGAGCCAGCGCGAGGAGCUCGCCCUCAUCGAGCAGGCGUUCGACAACCCGCACGAGACGCUGGCGCGCAUCAAGCGCCUGAUGCUCACCCAGCGCGCCGCCAAGGCCGUCGGCAUCGAGUUCUUCGACACGUUCGACAAGCUCAUCCCGUGCUACGACAUCGAGCCGAUGGAGAAGAUCAUCGACGCCUACCUCGACCAGUACCUCUCCUACGAGGCCGACAAGCGCCAGCUCUUCCCCGCCUGGUGGUGCAACGGCAUCAACAACCUCGACGGCGUCUGGGACACGUCCGAGGGCCAGUGCAACGUGCUCAUGGAGACGACCCUCAGCCGCGUCUACGAGAAGAUCGACCUGACGCUCCUCAACCGGCUGCUGCGCCUCAUCAUGGACCACAACCUCGCCGACUACAUCACGUCCAAGAACAACGUCUCGAUCGUCUUCAAGGACAUGGAGCACAUCAACACGUACGGCCUGAUCCGCGGUCUCCAGUUUAGCGCCUUCGUGUUCCAGUACUACGGCCUCAUCCUUGACCUCCUCAUCCUCGGCCUGCAGCGCGCCAGCGAGAUGGCGGGCCCGCCGGCGAUGCCCAACGGCCUCUUCCAGUUCAAGGACGCCGCCACCGAGGCCGCCCACCCGAUCCGCCUCUACACGCGCUUCGUCGACCGCAUCCACAUCCUCUACCGCUUCGACGCCGACGAGGCGCGCGACCUCAUCCAGCGCUACCUCAGCGCCAACCCGGACCCCAACAACAGCAACCUCAUCGGCUACAACAACCGCAAGUGCUGGCCCCGCGACUGCCGCAUGCGCCUCGUCAAGCACGACGUCAACCUCGGCCGCGCCGUCUUUUGGACCGUCAAGAACAGCCUGUCGCGCAGCCUCACCACCAUCGAGUGGGACGACACGCUGUGCUCGGUCUACAGCAAGGACAACCCCAACCUCCUCUUUUCCAUGGCCGGCUUUGAGGUCCGCAUGCUGCCCAAGGCCCGCCAGGGCGACGUCGACACCACCUGCGACGGCGUCUGGCCCCUCGUCGCCGCCGCAUCGGGCGAGCGCACCACCACCGCCUACCUCCGCGUCUCGGACGAGGGCAUCGCCAACUUCAACAACCGCGUCCGCGCACUGCUCAUGUCGGCCGGCGCCGCCCCGUUUAGCAAGAUCGCCAACAAGUGGAACUCGUGCCUGAUCGCGCUGAUGACCUACUACCGCGAGGCCGUCGUCAACACCAAGGAGCUCCUCGACCUCCUCGUCAAGAGCGAGAACAAGGUCAUCAACCGCAUCAAGUCCGGCCCCCGCCUCGACCUCCGCUACUCGCGCCAGACGGCCACCGGCAUCACCCACGUCCGCUCCUGCCCGUCGUCCGGACAGGAGGACCAGCUGCUCCGCGCCCUCUACUGCUACAUCAUCCCGCGGGCAUCGGAGUUUGAGGACUCGGCGCCCGUCUGGCAGGAGUACGCCCAGAAGCGCAAGGAGGCCAGCGAGCAGAACCGCCGCCUCACCCUCGAGGACCUCGAGGACUCGUGUCAACGCGACCUCCCGCGCACCGCCACCCUCUUCUGA